AUGGCUAACGACAUUGUCGUCCCCUUUCUUGGCGCCUUGCAGGCAGCAAUCACCGUCCUCUUAACGAUCGGUGCUGGAGUACUUGCAGCCCAGAUGGGCUUACUGAACGAGCAGACCUCCAAGCAGAUAUCCAAAGUCUGCGUACAGCUGUUCCUGCCUGCGUUGUUGAUAUCCAAUGUUGGAAGCCAGAUGCAUGCGGAUACGGUAAGGCCCAACUCCUGUUCUGUGCAUGUAUGUGAUCAGCGCGUGAACUGACACGGCUGUGUAGGCGUUAUACUACGUCCCGAUUAUCAUCUGGGCAAUCGUAUACAACGCCGUCUCCAUCCUAUUCGGUAUCGCCGUCCAGAGACUGUUCAAGCUUCCAGAGUGGGCGACUCCAGCUAUCGCUUUCAACAACACAACUGCUCUUCCGCUGCUCCUGGUGCAAGCGCUGGACGCCACGGGGAUCCUGGAUAGCAUCGACGCCAGCUCGGGUGUCGUGGACCGAGCCAAGUCCUUCUUCCUCGUGAAUGCUAUGAUCGGGAACUCUCUGACCUUUGCAUUGGGACCGAAACUCCUGAGUGGACAGAAUGAAGAUGCCCCUGAUGGAGAAGGCGAGGGGAAGUUCCCAACCGAAAGCGAGGACGACGCGAUCGAUCGACGGGUGGAAGAACAAGAAGACGAAGCUGUCGAGACCAACGAGCAGACUUCGCUGCUUCCGGGCCGUAUCAUUCGACCUCUCACGCGUGCUGGAUACGCUGGAUACGGCAAGAGUAAGAAGGCAUGGGUUCGUCUUCCACCGUGGGUCCAAGCAACACUGGACUUCUCAUCUCAAUUCUUCAACGCUCCCUUGAUCGGAGCGGCGAUUGGUGUCGUGAUUGGCAUCGUCCCAUCCCUCCAUCGUCUCUUCUUCGUAAGCCAACCCUUGACCUCCAACAACCUCAAUGUCUCUCCUGACUCACGGCUGCCAGAAAUCCCAAGAACAAGGCGGCUAUCUGAGCGCCACCAUCGGCCAGACCCUCUCGAACAUCGGAUCCCUCUUUGCCGUCCUCCAGAUCAUCGCAAGUCACACGAAACAAAUGCCAUCACCAGCAUGGGGGCCAAUGUACUGACAACUCAGCCUUAUAUUUUAGGUCGUGGGAGUGAAACUUUCAUCCUCCUUGCUCAAGAUGAAAAAGGGCGAAGCGGGCGGUCACGUUCCCUGGUCCGCCAUCUUCGUGAUCCUCACCACCCGCUUCGUCCUCUGGCCGGCCAUCGGUAUUCCUGUCAUCUACGCUGUAGCCACCAGAACGGGCUGGCUGCUGGAUGACCCCUUGUUGUGGUUCUGCAUGAUGCUCAUGCCAACGGGCCCACCGGCGCUCAAGUUGACCGCGCUUUCCGACGUCAAUGGUGCUGGAGAGGAGGAAAAGAUGGCCAUUGCCAAGUUUUUGAUGGUGAGUUGGCGUUUCUUCACAUACUCUCAUGACGACUGACUGCAGUGGCUUCUCAGGUCUCCUACUCCGUCUCGCCGGUCAUCGCGUUCGCGGUGGUUGGAAGUCUCAAAGCGGCUCAAGCAGCAGCAUCCACCUGA